CUUCUGCCUUCUCCUUUCUCAGACGCGGAAGCUGUCCAAGAUGGAGCGUCAGCGCUUCAGCGAGGAGGUGGAGAUGCUGAAGGGGCUCCAGCACCCGAAUAUCGUCCGGUUCUACGACUCGUGGAAGUCUUCGGUGAAGGGGCAGGUCUGCAUCGUCCUGGUCACGGAACUCAUGACCUCAGGCACCCUCAAAACGUAUCUGAAGCGCUUCAAGGAGAUGAAGCUAAAAGUCCUCCAACGCUGGAGCAGACAGAUCCUGCGAGGUCUCCAUUUCCUCCACACGCGGUCGCCUCCGAUCAUCCACCGCGACCUGAAGUGCGACAACGUCUUCAUCACGGGGCCCACGGGCUCCGUCAAAAUCGGGGACCUUGGUCUGGCCACACUCAAGCGGGCGUCAUUUGCCAAGAGUGUCAUAGGAACCCCAGAAUUCAUGGCUCCAGAGAUGUACGAGGAGAAAUACGACGAAGCCGUGGAUGUCUAUGCCUUUGGGAUGUGCAUGCUGGAGAUGGCCACCUCGGAAUAUCCCUACUCAGAAUGCCAGAAUGCGGCUCAGAUCUAUCGCAAGGUCACUUCGGGCAUCAAGCCCAGCAGUUUUUACAACGUGAAGGUGCCUGAACUGAAGGAGAUCAUCGAGGGCUGCAUCCGGAUGAACAAGUAUGAAAGAUACACCAUCAAAUAUCUCCUGGACCACUCCUUCUUCCAAGAGGACACGGGAGUCCACGUGGAGCUGGCUGAAGAGGACGAUGGCGUCAAGUCCAACCUGAAGCUGUGGCUAAGGAUGGAUGACACAAAGAAGCUACACGGAAAAUACAAGGACAACAAUGCUCUGGAAUUCCGAUUUGAGCUCUACAAGGAUGUGGCCGAGGAGGUGGCCCAGGAGAUGGUGGUCUUGGGCUUUGUGUGCGAGGCCGACUACAAGCUGGUGGCCAAAGCGGUGCGCGAGCGAGUCCUGGCCAUCAAGCGCCAGCGCGAGAAGGCCAAGCGGGCCCAGGAGGAGCAGAGGCGGCACGAACAGGCUCCGGACAUCCUUCAUCUGUUGGACCUAGACUCCCCGCCCCCUCUCAGCCCUGCCCAGCCCUCGGCACCCACCACGCCCGGAUCCGGGGAUUCUGCACUCGGCCCAACUGAGCCGGAAGAACCAGAAGUUGACCAGCACCAAACUUUCCGAUAUCAGCAUGGCUAUUCCUCAGCCACAUCUGAUUGUGAGACGGACGGAUACCUGAGCUCCUCUGGAUUUGUGGAUUUGUCCGACUUGCCACAGAGCUGCUCCAGCCCCCCAGUCGCCCCUGAGCAUUCCUUCGCUUCGACUAUUGCUGUGAGCGUGAACUCCAUCAGCGACUUCCCUUCCCCUGCGGACAGCUACACGUCUGACGUGGCGUCUGGCUUGAGCGAUGGUUACGAGGGUAUCUCUGCGAGCGAGCGCCGAGCGAAGCCCCUGGCCAAGAAAGGGUCUGGAAGACUGCUGCGCCGCCGUGCCCGAUCUCGCCUACGCAUCACAAACAUGCCAGUCCAGAAUGACCGGGUGGUUGAGUGCCAGCUGCAAACGUACAACAACAAGAUGGUGACCUUCAAAUUUGACUUGGAUGGAGACAGCCCAGAGGAGAUUGCAGCUGUCAUGGUUGCCAAAGAAUUCAUCCUGAAAUCUGAACAGGAGGGGUUCAUCCGGAGAAUCCGUGAUAUUAUCCAGCGUGUGGGGACCCUCCUGAGCAAAGACCUGGGGUCUCUGGGCAGCCCCGAAACAGGGAGCCUGUCCCCAAUUUUGGCUGCUGAUGGACUCUCGGGUGAGCUGCCUCCACAAGCCCUCUCGCGCUCAAUCUCUUCAUCCUCAUCUCUUAGCGAUUUUGGUUGCUCCAGCCCUGGGCAGUCAGUCGCGUCCCCCGUCCAAGCUUCUCUGGUAGACCCCGUCUCUGAGAACGAGUCCUUCAGCUCCAGGGUUCCCCCUCCAAGUACCCAGAACUUUGGGUUGCCUUUGCUUUCCACAGUACCCACAGGUGUCCCCUGCGUGCCGGCACAGACCUGGCCACCGUACCACAUGCUGCCGACAGCUCCUGCCACGCCUCCGUACCUCUUCCCUGUUCCCCAACCCAUCGCCCCGCUGAGCCCCCUCCUCCCCACACUGUCCCUCCCCCCGCCACCCGCCCCGCCAGUCGUCCCUGCCGUACAGCCUCCCGCCGCCCCGCUCUGGACCCCCUCCACAUCCCCGCUGCUCUCUCUUGCCAAUGUCUUCUCCCUGGCAGUGAUGAGCGUGGCUCAGUCCCUUCUUCCCGCUGUGACCGCGGCUUCUGCCCAGGCGGGGCCUCUCUACACCUCGCCGGUCUCGCAGUCUCCGGUGCUAUGCCCGCCUAGCCCAGCUCCCGCGCGAUUCGUCUACCCCGAGGUCAUGGUUCCUCCUGCCAAACCGGCCCAGCUAGUCAACGGGACGUUGGGGAUGCCAGCACCUCCAGGCUUUCUGCCAUCCCUGAGUACGCCAACCUCCAGCAGGCCUGACGAUGGCAUGGUGCCUCCUGCCUCCUCCUGGUCUGGGUCACUGCUCAGUGUGCCAGAUUCUUCCACCUCCAAGCUGCCGCCACCUCGGCUCUCGCCCAUCAAUGAAGAGCCCAAGCCCCAGAUCCUGGGCCGUUUCCAGGUGACCCCCACCCGGGAUGCUCCCGAGAACCCCCCAAGGGGCGACAGCACCAGCUCUUCCAGCACCACAGAGUCGGACAGCGGGUCUCCGGGCGGGACGCCGGUGCAGGACGCUGAGGAGGGCACCACCCCUGUGGCUGAAGCGGAAGGGGAAGGGGAGGCUCAGCCCAGCACCCCCGUCUGGAUGAGCUGCUCCCACAGCCUCUCGUACCCGAGCAGCGACGACUCGGACAGCCCUGAGGACGACGAGGUCUGGGACGAGCUGCAGGCCUUGCGCCAGAAGCACCUCUCUGAGGUCGAAGUUCUCCAGGCACGGCAGAAGAAGGAGAUUGAGGCUCUGUACGCCCGCCUGGGCAAGGUGCCACCCGCCGGGAUCGUGUCCCCGGCCGACUUCCUUUCCAGCCGCCAUCGCCGCUUCUCCAAGGGAAACCCCUUUGCGCGCCGCAGCAGCCUGCAGCGGGUGGACUUGGCGCAACCUCAGGGGAUCAUGAGGAGGAAUUCUGUAAGCGGCGGAAGCACCAACACUUCCCAGGAGCAGCGACAGAGCAAAGGUGUGACGUUCGCCAGUGAUAUUGGAUGCAUGUAGCAGCUGUGGACACUUUCUGGACUACCUCAGCCUGCUGCCCACCAUUGAAAGGACGGGAGCAGGCGGCGAAGGGUCCUACGCAGCCUUUGCCUUACGCUCCCAACGUCAAGGCCAGCAGCCAUCGACAUAGGAAAGUUCCCUUGGCGGAACGAACGGACGAGCUGCCUCUGAGGCCAAGUGAGCAGCCCAACACUACAGACUUUUCCUCCGCACAAGACUUUGUGUCUGCAGAGAGAAGCCAAGCCCUGGUUGUUUGGGGAUGCGUUCUUGUGGGGAAGCCUGAGCUGGCAUGCCUUUCCCGCUGCUUCUGCCUCGCAAAGGAGCAUCACUGUAAACGGAAUCAGGAUGUCGCCUGUUCCGUAUGUGCUAUGGGAUGGGGUCUGCACACAUGGACGGUGUAGGGUGUGUGCGCACCCAAGGCCGGGUCUAACUUAAGCAAGCGUCGUCUGAUCCUCUGUGCCUUGCAUGGCUCAAUUCACAAAGCCACCCCAAGGCCAAAGCGCUUAGAAAACUUUAAGGAGCUGCCUUACGAGAGGAAACUUGCAGAAUUUGUGCCUCAGUGUUAAAGGGAUUGGGGGGGGCGCCUCUCUUUCUUGCUUCCCUUAGCCUUAGCCCCCCGCUCAGCUCCUGUCUCCAACAGCAGUGGCACUACGUGUGGCCUCCUCUUUGCACUUUUUUUUACAAAAAAACCCAAAACCCUGACCCUGAUUGGGGCAAUGAACUGCUUGGGCUCAUCCUUUUAAUUGCAUGGGAACCUGCACUUUGGAAUGAAACACUGAUGCUUUCUGUUUUGUGUAUGGUUUUUUAUUAUUACACACAAACACACUUUCAUUUUGGAAGAGAAACAGAUAAUGCAUCUGUGUUUUUCGGUGAUUAAUAAAUAAAAACAGCCUCAAACUUCCA